AUUCGUAAGUGCGGUGACGAUUAACGACGUUGAGGAAUCAACUCGGAGUCGUCAGACAGUACACACACUUAAAGCGGGUUAUCACCGUACGUUCACUUGACCGUUCAGCGCGUACUUCACAACGGACCUGCGUUGUCAACUAAUAUAGCCUACAAAAAUAUCCCGUGCGAAAUUCAUUCUCGAAUAACCGUGUUUUCAAAAUUCUCCGUUAUGAAAUUGUCUCGGCGGAAAAAGAUCCGGUAGUUUGUGGUAAAAUUCGGUUAUAUGGGAUCGAGUCCGGAGAAAUGUUGCUGCCAGUCUCCUCACUCGGCAUCAGCGUCCGCGACCUACAACCAGGAACGACAAACGCAUCCGACCUACGACCCUACGACUCGGAAUCAGCAGCCGCCGUUGCCCCGGAAUCAGAAUCAACCCUGUCAUAGUUUUACCCCGUACAACCCGCCCUGCCCGAGCAGAUUGUACCCGGAACCUAAGAAAAGCACGUUUGGAUCGACACUUUUUACCGGGCUUAUCAUCAUCUCGAUUUUUGCCUUCCUUUACUACUACUACACGUACGUCCUGCCCAGGACAGGGUUUCGAAACCUGACUCGUUCCCCCUUUUACGAAGGCCACAACCCGACGAGUUUUCACUUGACCAGAUCAACCGUGGUAAAGAUUUCACCGUGUAAUUCAAUGUUGUAUAUUCUUGGAUAUGCGUCGGCGGAUGAGGUUGGCGAGUCUGACGAACCCGACGAUAUUCACGAAAAUGACUCCGCCGAGUUCGUUGCCCUGCAAUCUUCCGGAAGGGGCAGGCAGCCUUCGUUGCAGGGAAUUCGAAGAGAUGUAAAGCCUGGUCAAUCGACGGAGCCUUACCUUCGCUGCACGAGGGUUUCCAUCGAUUCUUCGUCAAGGAGACAAGACUCUUCCGACAACCUGUCUGGUCACGGAGGCAGGAGCAAGUCCUGCCUGGAUGGCGUGCCACGUUUGAAAACUAGAAACGCCGGAAUAUAACCAACUCCACGUGCAAAAGAUACUUAUAUCUUGCAAUCCCACUUCUUAGAUCUUCCGGCGAUAAAGUACGUUCGUACUCUUAUAGGCGUCGUGAUCAUUAUACCGAGUUUCAUAGUUACCGGGAUAUACGGGGUGAUUUACACACUUCGAGAUCUCGGCGAUCAUUAGAGGUCUGAUCAGUGAUAUUUAUGUACAAAGUAAGAGAGGGAUUUUCAUUGAAAGCGAUGGAACUAAGCUACUUGCUGUGAGAGAUGAUUCAAAUAAUUACAUUCCUUUGCGCAAAUGUGACGACAAGGUGCAUAUUUAUAAUGCAAGGACACUUGUGCAAUUACAACUUGAGCCGUCGUAUAGGAGAAGGUAUCCCUAAACUAAA